GCUCGGUUUUACGUGCCUGGGCUCACUCUGGAAUGUUCCCAUUUUAGGUGGGAAAACGCGGAGUUGGGUUUUGUUAACAGCUGUUUACAGCACCCUAACAUCACCGGGACUUUCACCGGGUGGUGUCAUAGGAAUGGUGCAAGCUGAUGCAGUAUAAUCAACGAUGUGGACUAACAUCAUAGCCGUUACGGUGGCUGUGGUUGGAGUUUCAUACUGGAGAUCACAGCGCGUGGAACGGUUUAUCAUACAGGAGAAUCCUGAUGAAUGCUACGAUUACGUCAUAGUGGGCGCGGGUAGUGCAGGCUGCGUAUUGGCUGCUCGCCUCUCUGACGUCAGCAGCAACAAGGUGCUUCUACUGGAGGCAGGAGGCGACCCGUCUGCAAAGAGGAACGCUGCAAUACCUGCCAUGCAUAUGCUGCUGAGAAACACGAAACAUGACUGGAACUUCAGGACUGUGCCACAGAAGAAAUCAUGCCGAGGUCUUAAUGAGAAGAGAAGCCUGUGGCCAAGAGGACGAAUGCUUGGAGGGUCAGGUGGUCUAAACGCUAUGCAAUAUGUACGAGGCAACAAGGGAGACUUUGAUCUGUGGGAAAAGAUGGGCGCACAAGGAUGGAGUUAUAAAGACGUUUUGCCGUACUUCAAAAAAUCCGAAGACAACCAGAAUGAGGAAUAUGUGAAGAGUGAUUACCAUGGGUCAGGUGGACCAUGGACUAUCUCUGAUGCUUCAUACACAAAACUGAUGGAUGUUUUUCUAAAUGCUGCGCAGGAACUUGGUUAUAAACUUGGUGAUGUUAAUGGAGAGAAUCAAAAGGUUUUUAUGAAAUCACAAGCAAACACAAAAGAUGGUAAACGAUGGAGCACAGCUGAGGCAUAUCUGAGACCAGCCAUGCACAGAUCAAACCUAGACAUAGCUAUCAAUACUCACGUAACCAAGAUAAACUUUGAUGGUAAGAAGGCGACAGGAGUCACCUUCAUUCACGGUGCUGAGAAGAAGACUGUUCAUGUGUCAAAGGAAGUGAUUCUCUCUGCUGGUACCAUUGGUUCUCCACACAUUCUCAUGCUGUCUGGUGUUGGGCCAAAGGAUCACCUUACCAAGUUUAACAUAUCAACUGUCGCCGACUUACCGGUUGGUCAGCACCUUCAGGACCAUCCUGGCCUCAUGUACCCAGAGUUCUGGAUAGAGAAACCAAUAACAAUCACCGCCGAUCUAAUUAAUAGUUGGAAGACCAGCAUACAGUAUGAUCUAUUUCGAAAAGGCCCUCUCGCAUAUCCUCUAAUUGAUGGAGUAGGUAUUGUCAAGACCAAAGCAGCUGAUCCUAAACUUGAUCUGCCUGAUAUUGGAAUACAUCACUGUCCUUGGGGACUGGGCAUGGAAAAUGAUGAAGCAAUAUACAAUGUUAUUGGCUUCAGCAAGAAUUUUUUGGAAGCCUACAACUUUUCCGAGCACAAGACUCGUCCAGUCAUGACAUGGAAUGCACAUGUUCUUCACCCAAAGAGUGUUGGAGAGAUACGGCUGCAAUCAUCAGACGCACUCGAUCCGCCUGAAAUUGACGCAAACUACCUUGAUGAUGACUCUGAUGUCAAGUCGCUAGUAGAGAGCAUAAAGAUCAGUCUGCAGUUUGCUGAGACUAAAGCAUUCAAAGCUGUCGGCGCUAGACUGCGAGAUCAGAUCGUUCCAGGCUGUGAGGAGCAUGAAUACAAGUCUGACAGCUACUGGGACUGUGCAGUAAGAACAAUAACAGCCACUAAAUACCACCCGACAGGAACAUGUAAGAUGGGAGCAGCUAAUGAUCAAACUGCAGUUGUUGAUCCACAACUCAGGGUUCGUGGAGUCCGUGGUCUGAGAGUGGCUGAUGCUUCUAUAAUGCCGGAGAUUGUAUCAGCUAACACCCAGGCCACUACAGUCAUGGUUGCAGAGAAGGCAGCUGACAUGAUCAUAUCAGGAGCAUGAUCAACACAACGUUUGUUUACAUGUUACAUAGUGAGGUUGUUGGACAGAAUAAAUAGUAUUACUUCCAUAAAAGGAGUACAUGAAUAUCGACUGCCACAAAGAUGACAUCACAGUGGUUUGCUGAUAUACGGAUAUAUAUAUACAUCAGGGAUUUUC